GGAUGGAUAUGAAGAUUGUGGAAACAAACAUGGAGUCCGAGCGUCAGCGUAUCAUUUUGGAGUUAGAAUUACUAAAUAUCGAAAAACAGCUGGCUAUAUUGAAAUCCCUGCAACGCCGAUGCAAAGACAAAAAAGAGCGAGCGGCACGCAAAAGACGACUCGCGCCACCAAAGCCACCAAGAAAGAAAAAGAUAGAAAAAAUAAGAAAACGUCUGAGGAGGUGGUCUAUGAAUCCAGAACGCCUGGCGAGGCCGGGGGAGGGGGAGUAUUGUUUUGUUUCCAAGGCUUUAACAGAUAAGGAUAACGAGAAGCUUUUCGAGUAUUUCCACAUGACGGCUGAUACAUUUCUCGAUUUGGUCGGUCGUAUUCACCCGUUUAUUCGACACCAGAGCACGCACAUCAUGCCCAUCGACAUUCGACAGAGACUGGCGAUCACUCUUCGAAUUCUUGCUACAGGUGGCAUGCAAAAGAGUGUUGCAGAGGCCUACAAACUAGGCCCAAGCACCGUACAUUGUAUAGUUGCGGAAGUGUGCAAGGCCUUGUGGACAGCACUACAGCCAGAUUUCCUUCCCUGUCCUUCUGCCGAGAUUUGGAAAGUGAUUCAGUCAGACUUUUGGCAGCAGUGGAGCUUCCCUAACUGCGUAGGAUCCUUAGACGGGAAGCUUGUCAACGUCAAGACACCAAAACGGGGCCAGUUUAAAAACAAACUCCCCCCUCCGCUUGCUCUGGUGGCAACAUGUGACGCUAAAUACCGGUUCACCAUGGUGAAUGUUGAAACAUUCCAACCGGAGAAUGAUGGAGACAUCUUCAUGAGCAGCACACUGGGUUCCCAGCUACUGGAUGGAAAAUUGGACCUGCCACCUCCCGUCAGUCUUUCUGAAAAUGAAGCCCCAACCCCCAGUGUGUUCGUUGCUGAUGCUUCGUUCCCCCUACACAACAAUUGCAUGCGUCCGAUUCAAGGCAUAAACCUGUCCAUGGAGAAACAGGCUUACAACUUCCAGCAUUCCAGAGUCAUGCGGGUGAUGGAGAACACCUUUGGAAUCCUGGUGGCGAGAUGGAGGGUUCUCAGUCGACUGGAGUAUGGCCCAGACAAAUGCAUAUCCAUUCUGAAAACUGCCAUAGUCCUGCACAACUUCUUGGCUUGCACCGACGACAGCAACCCACCUGGCCUCAAAUACAUCCCGGCUGAUUUUGCAGACACUUCUGACGCGUUGGGGUCGAUCCAACCCGGUCAGUGGCGGACAAUAGUGGCGGGGGACACCACAAACAUCUUUGACCCUCUGGGUCCCCAACGCCUCCCCAGAACCCCUUCCAGAUGGGACGGUGCCAGUGUGCGCAAUCGACUAAUGAAGUUUUUUCACUCCUUCAACGAAGAUUUCUCACUCUAAAGAAUCAAACUCAUAGUCUCUAGGGCAGGGGUGGGGAACCUAUUUCUCGAGGGCUGUUUGUGGCCCUCGAGGCCAUCUUAUUCAGCCCCUAAUAUCCUUUUAAUGUUCAGCAGCUUCACGCGAAAUUACAUUUGCAAUUCAGUUAAAUUAUAUUUCGGGCCACCUAGAGAAGGUGCGGUCGGUUGUAAAGGUGGCUGCCUUCAAUGUAUGAAGUGCAGGGGUGAAUCCUGGUUUGUGUCCAUUCAUAGUAUGGCCCUUGGAGGGAUUUGGCCCUCGAAUGAAAAAGGUUCCCCACCCUUGCUCUGGAAGGAGUAUCCCAAGAACCUGGCUCAAUAGUAAGCCAGGUUAAGUUAACCUUGAGGUAGUGGUAAACCAUCUAAUAGAAGAGCCUUGAGUGCUCGUUUUCACUAUUAAAUGACAUCUGUGUGGUACAUCUAUUGGCAGGUGUACCACUGCUUGUAGGUUACCUUAGUGGGGUUUAUUGCUUACCGACCGUAAUCAUUUUCUUGGGAUACCCCGCCCCAGGAUGAUCAGUUAACUUGAAACAUGGUAUAACCUCGAUGUUAUGAUCACAAAUUUUUGUUUUAAAUAAAACUCCAUUACUUUUCAAACUGUGUGCAUCACUGACAGACACAUGCUAUGGAUUGUUUUAUUUUUUAUUUUAUU